AUGUGUGAGCGCAGUCUCUACAGAGCGGGCUAUGUGGGCUCGCUUCUGAAUCUGCAGUCGCCUGACUCCUUCUACUUCUCCAACCUGCGGCCGAAUGGCGGCCAGUUGGCCGCGCUUCCCCCCAUCUCAUACCCGCGCGGCGCGCUGCCCUGGGCCACCACGCCCGCCUCCUGCGCCCCAGCGCAGCCUGCCGGUGCCACCGCCUUCGGCAGCUUCUCGCAGCCCUACCUGGCUGGCUCCGGGCCUCUUGGCCUGCAGCCUCUGGGCGCCAAGGACGGACCCGAAGAGCAGGCCAAGUUUUAUACGCCCGACGCGGCCGCCGGGCCGGAGGAGCGUGGCCGUGCGCGGCCCCCCUUCGUCCCUGAGUCUAGCCUGGCCCCCUCGGCCGCUGCUCUCAAAGCGGCCAAAUACGACUCCGCGGGUCUGGGCCGUGCCGCGCCAGGCUCUGCGGCCCUGCUCGAAGGGACCCCCUGCGCCGCCGGCUUCAAGGAUGACGCCAAGGGCCCGCUCAACUUGAACAUGACAGUGCAGGCGGCGGGCGUCGCCUCUUGCCUGCGACCUUCGCUGCCCGACGGCCUGCCGUGGGGGGCGGCCCCGGGGAGGGCCCGCAAGAAGCGGAAACCUUACACCAAGCAGCAGAUUGCGGAGCUGGAGAACGAAUUCCUCCUCAACGAAUUCAUCAACCGGCAGAAGCGCAAGGAAUUGUCCAACAGGCUGAACCUCAGCGACCAGCAGGUCAAAAUCUGGUUCCAGAACCGGCGGAUGAAGAAGAAGCGCGUGGUGCUGCGUGAGCAGGCACUGGCGCUAUACUAG